GUGAUAAUAUAAAAAAAAAUAUCUUGUUGUUGGUGUAAAACCACGUUGCACAAAGUGUCAAACCAACCGAUAAUAAAAAUAAAGAUAAACAAAGACAAUAAUGUGAUAAAUAAAUACUAUUAAUAUUAAUAUUGCUAUUAGUGUUUGUUAAUUAUUUAAUAUAAUGGGGCUGCUGGAGGAUACUUUUGUCAUUCUUAUCACACAGAUUUGUUUCUUCGCUGGAGGAUGGGUAUUUUUUGUUAAAAAAUUAUUCCGUGAUUAUGAAGUUCAUCAUAGAUUGGUACAAUUGAUUUUUUCAACAACAUUUUCACUGUCAUGUACAAUGUUUGAACUGAUUAUUUUUGAAAUAAUCGGUAUUUUAGACUCUAGUUCUAGAUAUUUUCACUGGAAUGUUGGACUUUAUAUGUUACUUUUUAUGGUAAUUGUUGUAAUACCGUUUUACAUUGCAUUUUUCAUUAUAAGCAACGUCAGAUUUGUAAAACUAAACUUGAUCCGGCCACUGACGAUAUUUAUUUAUCUGUGUUAUUUGUACCUAUUUUGGAAAAUCGGCGACCCGUUUCCAAUUUUAAACCCAAAGAAAGGACUAUUGUCCAUAGAACAAGGUGUUAGUCGGAUAGGAGUAAUAGGAGUUACUGUAAUGGCACUUUUAUCUGGUUUUGGGGCUGUAAAUUAUCCGUACUCAUCAAUGACAUAUUUUAUGAGACCUGUUUCUUAUGCUGACGUGCAAGCUAUUGAAAAAAGAUUGUUACAGACAAUGGAUAUGAUUUUAGCGAAGAAAAAAAGAAUAGCUUUGGCGAAAAAAAGUGAGGGAAUUUCUAAGGCUGAAACGCGCUCACGUUUGUGGGGAAUGUGGUCCCCUUUGACGAGUAUGAAGGAAUAUACAGAGAAUGUUAAAAAACUCGAGCAAGAAGUCUCAGGACUGGAAGAAUUAUCACGACAAUUGUUCCUAGAAGCACAUGACAUACAAAAUGCUCGUGGGCGAUUAGAAUGGGCAGCUACUUGGCAAGGAAAAUAUUUUAAUUUUCUUGGUUAUUUUUUUUCAGUCUACUGCAUGUGGAAAAUAUUUAUUUCGACGAUUAAUAUAAUAUUUGACAGAGUGGGAAAAAAAGAUCCAGUGACUCGCGGAAUUGAAAUUGCUGUCCAUUGGAUAGGUUUUGAUAUCGACGUAACUUUUUGGUCACAACACAUAUCUUUUUAUCUUGUUGGCUGUAUCGUUGUGACGUCCAUACGUGGAUUAUUACUCACACUCACAAAGUUUUUCUACGCCAUAUCUAGCAGCAAAUCUUCCAAUAUUAUUGUGUUAAUACUCGCCCAAAUAAUGGGAAUGUACUUUGUAUCAUCGGUACUUUUAAUGAGAAUGAACAUGCCUGCUGAAUACAGAAUAAUAGUAACACAAGUUUUAGGAGAUUUGCAAUUUAAUUUUUAUCACCGUUGGUUUGACGUAAUAUUUUUAGUAUCUGCUUUGUCAUCAAUUGUAUUUUUAUAUCUCGCUCAUAAACAGGCUCCGAGUGAACGUAUGUUGUAAUUUAAAAAAGAAAUAAUUAUUUUAUAUAUUUAAUAAAUCGUUUUUAUACUUAUAAUUAA